UUGGCAUCGCUCUUGUAUCGAUCUCACCCGGUGACAUUGUCUUCUCUCGAAAUGUCGGGAGUGUGCCUGCGGCGUCCUGGAAUGUCGGAGGGAGUAGGGGAUGAUCGUGAACUGCCGAUCUUCGGAAAGAAGGGGUCUGCUGUUUUCUUUUCGGUCCGGACUGACUCUGUCGGUGUCGCGGCAGAGGCCCAUUUGUUCGUCUCGGGGCUGACCCAGGCUGAAGCUGCAGGCACACUCUUUGUGAAGGGCAAUUGUUGUCCUCCCUCCCUCAAUUUCACUUCGAGGGGUUUAAAGACACACACACACAGUGUUACAUUUACAUUCCCCUCUGUGAAUUUGUGAACAGGCAGAGUUCCGCAAUUAGCUGCUCUGUUACACGUCCUCAGAAUCGAAUGUCAAAAAGUCUCGUGCUUAGUCACCAUGAGCGUGAGGGAAUCUGCAACUCUGCGUUCAGGGAACUUCACGCAAUGUGCAGACGGGCUUCGGUGGCAUGUGAAUAAUCGAUCGAAUGAGAGACGGGUGGCUUAGAGUGAUUUGAUGUCACAAUGGGUACAUGAAACCAACCCGCGUAAUAUGAAACCACUCUGGCCCCACACGUGACGAACGGAUAUCGUCCUACACUUUAGAGCAGGAUAUGACGUCGACGAUAGACCUUGGACCAUGCCAAGCGGAAUAUUGGCUGAUGGAAAAGUUUUACAGACCAUGGCUGUCUUCCUAGUGUGUCUCAUGAGUUCCCCGCGUUCUCUAUCAAUCUAAUCAAAUUAGUGAUAAUGUCAAUCAUGUUUCCUGUGUGACAAUGCCAUAGUUCGGCGUCUGAGAUUACAAGUUUUGCUGUAAGUUACGUGAAAUGGCUUGACUGCUUGCACCAACUGCUCUGAGACUUGGUGUGUACCAGGGGAUCACUUGUUGGUCCAUACCAUUUUGGUAUAUCAUAGGUGUGGAACUAGAGCUUUUUUGGGAAUCUGACCGGAGAGAGUUGCCUUGGAGUUGUCUUGUUGGAUGUCGAUGUCUUGUGUGCAUAUAUCUUCAGAGUUUAAUCUCAUCCUUUUGCUUGAAGAGACUUGAAGGGAUCUUCCCAAAAUAUUUUCAUUACUUGUCUCUCUUCAGCAUAUCACAAACUAGUCUUGGAGACAAUCAAUUAUGGCAUUUUCCUGUCAUACGAAAUGUGCUUGAGCUUUGGUAUUUCUCUUCUUUUGCCAUCAAGAGGAACAGGGACUCAACAAUCUAAGUUGAUAGAGCAAAGCGUUUGAGCAAGCUUUAUAUGCAAUUAUAAGAUUUUGGUCCUUCCUCGUACCGGGAGUGCUUGUUUUUUUACCAAUGACUGACCGCAAGUUGACAAGCACAUCCAUCUAAGGUUUGAUGGGGUCCCCCAGACUUCUCUGCUUUCUACGUGGACCUCUUCCUUCCGGACUGGAUGGUAGACUUUCUUCUCAUGGACAUAGAAGCUGUCUGGAUGCUGCAUAAAGACCUUAUCAGUCUUCCCCUCUGCUUUAAAUUUUAUGCAUGCUCUAUCCUCUUCCCAUCGCGAACUUCAACUUCUACUGUUCCACCUUCAACUUCUUUUGUGCACGCCACGUUUUCGUGUCACAGCUGCCUUCAGUCUCACUGCACAGUGUUCUAUAAAUUGAUUUGGAGCAAAAUGUGUUCCUUCCAGAAACGCGUGGGUUGUGGACAUAUGACCAACGCUCUGACUCUCGCAUAACUCCUCGGACCACAGUGUCCCGAGUGAUGUCCGAUCACUGACAGUCAGCGCGCACUGCUUGCAGUUAUACAGUUGUUGAGUUAUAUCGCGUGACUGGAAAAGCAGAUCCGUUUCUCCUCGUAAAUUGACAACAAUGGAUCCACGAACUCAAGCCUCGAUGGGUUUUCCAUGCCCACGUGGUCUAUGCUCUCCGGAUCCCAGAUCGCAGGAAAUUGAACCCUCCCGUGCUGAAAGCCUCCGGAAAUGUCGUUGGAAGCAGAAGAGUGAUUCAGUUCACGAGCUGAGCUCUGCAUCAGGAAAACGAACCGACGUUGUGUUCUUCCAUGGUCUUCAGUUAGGGCCUGCGCAUGAAGCGCAUCUAUCAACUUGGAAAUCUCGAUCUGAUACUCCAGAAGUAUGGUUGAAGUGGCUUCACGAAGACAACCCUAGCUUGCGAAUAAUAGCAGUCUCCUACGACGCCAGCAUGAAAAAGGAUAGCAAAAAUGGGAGAAUGGACAUAUUUCAAGUAUCCGAAAAUUUGUUGCACGAGCUGAUAAUGGCAGGUGUUGGUAAAACCGGACCAGUCAUAUUCGUUGGUCACAGUUUUGGAGGAAUAAUCGUCAAAGAAAUUUGUCGACAAGCUCACCUAACUAGGAGCCUUGGUGAGGAUAUUCCAGCGGAAACCACUCUUCUUCAAAACUUGAGAGGCCUCUUCUACUUCGGAGUGCCUCAUCGUGGAAGCUCAUUCACAGAUGUUCUAGAAGAAAUCAACUUCGAGAAAGGAGAGCUGGUUGACUACGUGAAGGUGUUCAGCAAAGACUUGGCAAGACUCAAUGAUGUUUUUGACCGUCUUUGUGAAAAGUACGAGUGGAGAGUCGCAGGCGUGGGUGAAUCGUUACCUACGCUUCUGCCAAACGGUUUCUUCGGAGUCAUAGUUGACGAGGCGUCUGCAAGAUGUAGAGAUUUCAUCGUUGUCAAGGAAGACCACUUUUCAAUCUGUCAACCAGCGAGUAAAACUAGCACCUCGUAUCUGCACUUAGUAAACUUCAUUGAUAAGAUUCAAGUCAAGGUCAAGAAAACUGCAACAGAUGAGCAAGCACUGCCCAAGAUACAAGUCGGUCGGCUGAAAUCUCUGGAAGGUGAAGAAAUCCAGCAACUAUUGGAGAAAGGAACGUUGGGAUUUUGGGGGAUGGUAGGAGUUGGGAAAACCACACUCUGCAAAGCUGUUUUUAAUGAUCUAUGGAACGAAUUUCCUUACACGCUUUUCGCUGAGGGCGUCAAGCGGAUUCCCGGUGACGAGAAAGAAUUCGAGGAGACGGUGUUGAGCUUCGUGCAUCACAAAGGCAAGAAGAUGGCGCCAGCACCGAACUUGGUCCAGCUGAGAGGAAAGAAGUUGCUGGUGGCUUUCGAUGAUGUAGAAAAGGAAAGGGAAAUCGAUCUGCUGAGAAAGCUCAGCCGCCUUUCUACGGAGAGUAGCCGCUACAUCGUAACAUCACAGAAUCGACAGAUGUUAUUUAAGAUCGAUAGCAUACACAUAUAUGAAGUUGAACGUUUACAUUGGGAGGACUCUAAACUGCUGUUCAAGAAGCUUGCGUUCCCAGACAACCAACCUUUGCCCAAGUGGCAGCAAGAGUGCAUGGAGGAUGUAGUGCAAAAGUGUGGAGGUCUGCCAUUAACCUUGGAGGUUGUAGCUAAUUAUCUGAAAGGGUGUAAUUCCAAAGACGUGUGGCAACAGCUGCCCAAUUAUCUGGUGAAUGCAGAGCACGGAGAGACCGUUGGACUGGAUAAAGUGUGGAUGCUGCCGAAAAUAAGCUACGACAAUCUCCGGCCCGAGGCAAAGCAGAUGUUUUUAGAAGCUGCAACAUUUUUCCAAGAAAGGCUCGUGGAGAAUCACGGGUGGAGACAUGGCCAGAGACUGUGGACGUUAUCCGAAGCGAAGCUUCUUUGGAGUAUGAUGUAUGGGAAUGAAGCUCUCCACUGGAGAACCCUGGUUGACCGGUCACUGGUUUCUGACGUUCCAGAGGAUUCAGCAAUCAGGGUCCAUGAAUUGUUGAAGCGCUUGGGGCACUCGCUGGCUGAUACGGACGGCUUCAAGAUUCGGGUCGACAGCGUCGGAAACCUCAUAAAGAUUUUACACGAUGGCAAGUGUAAGAUUAAGAACGUGCACACGUUGCAGGUGGUGUGUAAGGAAACCUCUAGUCAGUUUCUUUCCCCGAAACUUUGCAUUAGGUGCUUCCUUUUUCAAUCUGGAUGGAUUUCACGCUGUGAACAUCUCUUCGAGCAUCUUCCUUCAGACAGUAUUUGCAAUAUGGAAAGCCUGCGGUUUCUACAAUUGGUGGACUGCGAGUUUGAAGAAGGCAAAGUGAUAUUGCCUAGAUCCGUUGUCGUGUUCAGCAGCCAGAACAGUGGGAAGUAUAUAUCCUUCCCAGAAUCCAGCCCGCUUGUGUACUUGUCAAUGAAGGCCUUCAAAAUAGAGCGCUUGCCAGAGUCUGUGUGUGGGCUGAGCAAUCUUCGCUUCCUACACCUGGAAGCUGGAAACCUCCUGUCUUUGCCUGAUAACUUUGGCAACCUAAAGAAACUGCAGCAGCUGAAGCUUGUAGCCCAGAGACUGAAGGAGCUUCCGGCCUCUUUCGGUUGGUUGGAGGAUCUUCGAAAAGUACACUUGGAUUGCGACCAGUUGAAGUGCCUGCCGGAAACUAUUGGCCUCUUGAGACAGUUGCAAGAACUGAACCUUGGAUGCGACAAACUAGUCAGCUUGCCACUCUCUAUCGGUCAACUGGUUGCCCUUCAGGACCUCAGCCUACGAUGCAACGCACUUGAGGAGUUGCCUGAUCCUUUUGGUGCGUUGGUUGGUCUUCGAAAGCUAGAGUUGCAGUGCGACGAACUCCUUCAUAUACCAGAGUCGAUUGCCAGCCUGAAGCAGUUGCGAGAAUUGAUCCUUCUGUGCCGGAAGCUUCGAUCGUUGCCUCAAUCCUUCGGUGAAUUGGAAGCGCUUCAGGACCUCUGUCUUCAAUGUGACAGUCUCGAGAGUUUACCAGAUUCUCUUGAUGACUUACAGGCCCUUCAGAAGCUAAACCUCAAGCGACUGUGUUCUGGGUUGAGUGACACAAGUGAAAGUAAAGUAGAAUACGUGACAGUAUUUGCAUACCCGGGGGUUUUUAGAACAAUUGAAACAUUCGAGCUCCACGUGGGCAACCCUGAACUCAAUGAGUACUAUCAGUAUAGUGAGCUGCGAGUGUAAAAUUUCCAUUGACGAUUGUAAAAUUUCCUAAAAUAAGAAAGCUUAGAAGCAGAUAACCACGGUGAGAUUAUGUAAAUACUUACGGUCAAAAUGAAAAACCUCGAAGACAAGAAGUGCACAUGAGUACUCAUAGAAGUCUGAUCAUUGCGCUCAACCUUUUCUGAGACAUCAGUCCAGAUUCGGACGACUUUGUCUUGCAAGUGUCACACUUCCAUACUCAUACACUUAAUGGCCAAGGGUAUUCCGGAAGGUAUGGUACUGCGAACCAAGUCCUGCUCUAAGGUUUCAUGCGUUUCAAACGAGAUGGCGAAAUAUAAAUGCAACGAAAAAUAUUGAUGAGAGUUCGAUAAUAAAGGAUGACCCUCAGUUCCGUGGUUCAUGCUGUAGAUACUUGCAAACUUCUAAAUUUUUCCCUGACUACACAGGAACUCGGUGCUAGAAUUCAUUCUAGCCCAAUUACACACCUGCACGAAACUGUACUUACUGGUGUGUGCCUGUUAUAGUCUGAAAAUCAUAUAUCACCAUUCUUAGCCCAGGGGUGCUAGUAUAAAGAAAUUCAGUAACUGGAGAGAGCGAUAGAAGAAAGAGAAAGAGGACUCCUUGAGAUUGAAGAGGUUUUCUUCUGUAGUGGAAUUUUUGCUCCUGAAUGAUAGUAAUUCGAUGUCUCGAGGUAUCUACCAAUAUACAGUUUAUUAACUCAUCCACAUGACCCUGCCCAUUACCGAAGUUUCAGUAACAAUAUCUCAAAGGCUGCUUCGGGCUUAUAAUGAGCGCAGGUGAAUUUCCAGCUUGAAAGGGUAUAGCUUGAAAUAAGACUUCAAUUUCGUCUCCUAAGAAAAGGAUCAGAAAUCCAUACUGAUGAAAAUGCAAAUACUUUCUCGAAAUGUGUAUAUUCUGAGACUCUCCACCAACAAUCCAACCUCCUACGAUGUCUCAGGUAGAAGAUGAUUACUCUAAGCAAGCUCAUAUGCUUGAAGGACAGAGGAAGCCAUGGGAAAACGCAGAAGGGACUUGUAAUUUUAGCGCCACACAAACGUAGAACGAUAUCGGCCAUUAACCCUUCAAAAGUGAUCUCCUUACAAGCUGUACCGUGCAUAACACUCUGUGGCCUCUCCCUUCAAUCAUAAUCUCAUUUUAUCACUAUGCUUGGCCCUACAGAACCAUCAGAAGAAGCCCAUUCACCCAAUUUGCACUCAAUCCGCCUUGCGAUGGCACGGUAAAUACCAGAUAUCUCACUACUUGGUGAAGAUGCAACAAUCGGUGCACCUUCAUCUGAAGUUUCUCUUAUGGCCAUGUUCAGUGGCACCUG